CCGCCCCGGACCGGCGGCUCCGUUCCCCUCCGGGCGCCAGCAGAGCUCGCCUUCGCCCCGCACGCCGGGCCCGUGUACUCCGUGAGCUGCUCGCCCUUCCACAGGAACCUCUUUCUGAGCUGCGGGACGGAUGGACAGGUUCACUUGCACUCCAUGUUGCAGACACAACCCCUCGUUUCUCUUCAGCUGUCAGAGAAGUACCUGUUCUGUGUGCGCUGGUCUCCGGUUCGACCACUGGUCUUUGCAGCUGCCUCCGGGGAAGGAGCCGUGCACCUCGUGGACCUCGGGAGGAGCUCCCGCAAAGCCGCCGUCUCCAUCAGGCCGGCCGCGGGCGAGCGCCCCGUGUACUGCCUGGAGUUCAACCCCAGGCACAGGCAGCUCCUGGCAGCAGGGGAUGCUGCCGGCACCCUCAGGGUCUGGCAGCUGAGUUCGGACUUCACGGAGCAGGGGCCCAGGGAGCUGCAGCAGCUGGAGCAGCUGGCGAGCGAGACCACGGACUGA